GAUCUGUGUCACAAACACCGUCCUCGUGGGCGGGGACCAGCCCAUAAUGCUCCUUUACCUAAAGCUCAGUCAACAACAUUCCAUAUUAUUUGUGCUUGCAUGAGGAGCGUGAACACCACGGUGUUAUCUGCAGGGCUAAGCACUGUCAACAGCAGAACAAAUGUCUCUUUGGCACGAUUUUGUUCUCAUCUUUUUCUCUAAUCCCACCACUUUGUUGGGGUUGGUGGCUCUCCUGCUCAUUCUCUAUCUUGUAUCCAGUAGUUUAAUCACCAAGGAAAUAGGGAAGGGGCCCCCAGGACCGAGGCCUCUUCCCCUGCUUGGUAACCUGUUGCAGCUUGAUCUCAAGAGACCCUACAAAACCCUCUAUGAGCUUUCAAAGAAAUAUGGGUCUGUGUUUACGGUAUACUUUGGAACCAAUAAAGUGGUGGUGCUGGCUGGAUACAAGUCGGUAAAGGAUGCUCUGGUCAGCAAUGCAGAAGCGUUUGGAGAAAGAGAAAUCUCCCCUAUUUUUUAUGACAUGAAUGAAGGUCACGGAAUCCUGUUUGCAAAUGGAGAAUCAUGGAAAGAGCUGAGACGUUUUGCCCUCAGCACCCUGAGAGACUUUGGCAUGGGCAAAAGAAUAGCGGAGCAAAAAAUCCUAGAGGAAUGCCACCAUCUGACCCAAAUGUUUGAAGAUCACAAAGGGAAACCAUUUGAUACAGCGCGUCCGUUGAAUUAUGCAACAUCCAAUAUCAUCUCCUCUAUCGUGUAUGGCAGCAGAUUCGAAUACAAUGACCCCAGAUUCAAGGAAAUGGUCAGAAGAGCCAACCAGUCCAUAUGCAUUGUUGGAUCUGCACAAAUCCAGCUCUACAACAUUUUUCCCAGGCUGGUCAGUUGGAUAAAUAACCGUCAGCUGCUUUUACGAAAUGUUGAGAUGACCAUAAGAGAUGUCAAGGCUUUAGUCAAGAAUCUGAAAGAGACUCUGAACCCUAGCGUCUGCAGAGGGCUUGUCGACUGUUUUCUGAUUCGGAAGGAGAAAGAAGAAGACUCUUGUGUGAAGGACACUCACUACAACGAGAAGAAUUUGAUAUUUACAAUAACCAACCUGUUUUCUGCUGGUACCGACACCACAGCAACUACACUGAGAUGGGGUUUGCUGCUUAUGGCUAAAUAUCCGCAUGUACAAGACCAGGUCCAGGAGGAGAUGAGCAGAGUGAUAGGAAGCCGUCAGGCAGGGGUCGAUGACCGGAAGAACCUGCCGUACACUGAUGCUGUCAUCCAUGAGAUACAGAGACUGGCCAACAUUGUCCCCAUGGCCAUUCCUCAUAAAACCAGCCGAGAUGUCACCUUCCAAGGAUACUUCAUCAAAGAGGGGACUACUGUGCUUCCUCUUCUUACUUCUGUCCUGUAUGAUGAGAGUGAAUGGGAAACACCACACACUUUCAACCCUUCCCACUUCCUGGAUAAGGAGGGUAACUUUUUCAGGAGAGAUGCCUUCAUGCCAUUUUCUGCAGGUCGCAGGGUGUGUCUGGGAGAGAGUCUGGCCAAGAUGGAGCUGUUCCUCUUCUUCACCUUCCUCCUCCAGCGCUUUCGUUACACUCCUCCACCUGGAGUUACAGAGGAUGAACUGGAUCUCACUCCAGCUGUGGGCUUCACCCUCAGCCCGUCACCUCAUGAGCUGUGUGCCGUUAGACACCAAUGAGUAAUGGAGCUAGGGCACUGCAUUAUAACUGCUUGUAAAAAUGAAUUGUGUUUAACUCUUAAUCAGCUAGCAUUUGUCCUAUUCUCAUGAAGUUGUCUGAAAUUGUAUUUUAGAAAUAAUGUUAUAUUACUAUAACAUUUUUAGAACUGCCUCUUCAUACAGCUGAUACCUCAUGUUUAUCUUCAAUGUACAAUCAAUUGCAUUUAUUUACCAAUCUUAUAUUUUUGUCACCAUUUUUUACCUUGAAAAUAAAUACUUAAUAAUUCACAGAAAAUUCUGGAUUCAAGCGUUGUGCUUCUGCUUGCUAACUUGCUAAAAAGUACACACAGGUCCUUGAUCAGUUGAUCAUUCAUUGCUGCCCAUUGUAGGCCUACUUCUCUAGAAAUAAAAGGACUAUUUUGUUUGCAUACAGUAAGCACAGUGUAGGUCGAUUUAAAUAGGUUUCUUUUGUGCCGUUGAGAUGGUGGUGAAGAACUUAAGAUAGCUCUCAGCCUAAAAGCAUUCAAGAACUUUGAGUGAAUUGAGAAAUGCUGUUUGUUUGUAACAAAUGCUUAACUAGCCAAAUAGUCCCACCAAAUAAACACUAAGAUUUUUGUGACCA